UCGGUGGCGGCGCCACAGCCGACACCCCCUCCUCCACAAAGCCUGAACCUCCUCUCGCAGUCUCAGCUCCAGCCACAGCCUCUGGCACAGGCUGGAGCGCAAAUGAAGAAGAAAAGUGGCUUCCAGAUUACCAGCGUGACCCCCGCUCAGAUAUCGGCCAGCAUGAGCUCCAACAACAGCAUAGCCGAGGAUACGGAAAGCUACGAUGACCUGGAUGAGUCCCACACCGAAGACCUGUCCUCUUCAGAAAUCCUGGACGUUUCUUUAUCCAGGGCCACUGACUUGGGAGAGCCGGAGCGCAGCUCCUCUGAAGAGACUUUAAAUAACUUCCAAGAGGCAGAGACUCCUGGGGCUGUUUCUCCAAACCAGCCUCAUCUUCCUCAGCAGCACCCUCCUCUGCCACAUCACCCGCAGCAAAGUGUUGUGAUCAAUGGGAAUGUUCACCCUCAUCACGUUCACCACCACCACCAUCUUCACCACCACCAUCAUGGACACCAUCAUCCAUCGCAUCCUGGGGUGGGCAGUGCACCGAUUUCUGGAGGACCUCCCCCCAGCCCAUCAUUUAGAAAACUCUCAACAACUGGAAGCUCUGACAAUGUUAUAUCAACUGCACCAGUUUCUGCUGCAUCAUCCACUGGGUCCCCUGCAUCUGUCAUGUCUAAUAUCCGCACUACAAGUACUCCUGGCAAUUUAGGUGUAAGUCCUGCUACUGGAACUAGUACCUUAAAUAAUAUGAGUGCUGGUAGUUCUAGUGUGGCAAGCAGCAUGCUUGGUACUAUAAAUUUAAGUAACAUCCCAAGUACUGGUAAUGUAAAUGCUUUGUCUGGAACUAGCAGCAAUGUUAAUGUGAAUAUCUUGAGUGGUGUUGGCAAUGGUACGAGUGCUUCCUCUAAUGUCAUUAACAAUGUUACUAAUCCAACUGCAGGAAUGGCGGUGGGAUCGAGCCAGCAGCAGCCCGCAGCUGGCACGUCGAGGUUUAGAGUUGUAAAAUUAGAUUCUAGUUCUGAACCUUUCAAAAAAGGUAGAUGGACUUGCACUGAAUUCUAUGAUAAAGAAAACACUGUUGCAGUUACAGAAGGAGUAGCAGUAAACAAAGCAGUAGAGACGAUAAAACAAAACCCGCUUGAAGUGACUUCUGAAAGGGAGAGCACCAGUGGGAGUUCUGUUAGCAGCAAUGUAAGCACACUGAGUCACUAUACAGAAAGUGUGGGAAGCGGAGAAAUGGGAGCACCUACCGUGGUGCAGCAGCAAGCGUUUCAAGGUGUGGGUCCGCAGCAGAUGGAUUUUAGCGGCGCUGCUCCUCCGGCAAUCCCAGCAUCCAGCUUACCGCAGAGCGUUUCUCAAUCGCAGCUUGCACAAGUGCAGCUGCAUUCUCAAGAAGUCAGCUAUCCGCAGCAGAAGCCAGGGGUCCAGCCUCCUGCACAGGCCAGUCUAACCACUAUCCCGGCGCCGGCCGCUCCUCCAUCUUCCCAAGUGGUGCAGCCUGUGCAGACAGGAAUAAUGCAGCAGGGAUUGCAGGCUGGCGCUUCAGGCCUUCCUCAGCAAAUGGUCAUUGCUCAACAAAACACUUUGCUACCUGUUCAGCCGCAGGCCCAAGCCGUGGAGUCUGUAGUCCAAGGAAUGCCCGGCCAGCAGCUGCCCGCUGUUAGCCCCAUACCCUCUGCCACCGCUGUUCCCACACCGAGCCAGGCGAGCCCCGCUGUGCCUCCUGGCAUUCCGUCUGCUUCCAUAGGCCUGGGCCAGGCGCAGAGCAUGGCACAGGCGCCGGCCGUGCAGAACGGGGGUCUGCCUCAAGGUGUCAGCCAGCCUGCCUUGCUAUCCACGGGCAUAGGCGUGCCGGUGGCGCCGAGCAUGCCGCAGCAGAUCCCACUCGGCUCGGCCCAGUUCCCGGCGCCACCGGUAGCCCAGUCCAUUGGGAGCCAGAUGGAAGAUGGCCGACGUCCUACAGAGCCUUCCUUAGUUGGGUUACCUCAAGCUGCCGGUGGGGACAGCAGUGUUGGAGCAACAGCCGUCUCGGAGGGCAGCGGUAGCAACGUGCCCUCCUCUGCUUCCUUGUUUCCUCUGAAGGUACUGCCAUUGACAACACAUCUUGUCGAUGUCUCUCUGCCUCCCUAUCCUGGAAGUUUGGAGCCCCUGCCUCAGCCUACAGCUUCCUUCUUUUUCCAGCUGCCCACAAAAGUAAAGAACCAGUGUGAAAGGUUGAAGAAAGAAUCCACUCUGAGGAUUGUGUCUCAAGCAAAAAGCUCCAGGUUGCAGACUCUGAAAGAAACUUCCUUUGGGGAAGGAUCUGCUCUCGGGAUUUGCUCGUCUCUUUUUCCUUGGGCAAGCAGAGUUCUUGAAGGAAACGACAGGGUUGCAGGACACCUUCUAACCUUUAUACUGCAUCACAAGCCUUCAGCAGAAGAUCUGAGAACCAUUUGUGUUGCUGGAAGAUGACUGGGUUUGGAUCUUGGCCUUCCUUAAGCAGGAUCUCCUGACAAAAAUGGGAUUGGGAAAGAAAUGACUUAUUUUUCCAUCAUACAGAGAGAGCCUUUGAGCUACCAUAGAAAUGGAGGCAUAGACAGAGAAUUACUUCUAAUGCACUAAUCUCUAGGGAAUUUUUGGCCUCCCCAUGGUCCUUUUGUUAUAAU